AUGGAUUGUAGGGCCCUCUUCCUCAUUCACCAGUGUGUGGAUCCUCAAAACUUUGCCAAGAUUGUCUCGGCUACAUCAGCCAAGCAAGCUUGGGACAUUCUUGCAAAGGUUUAUGCUGGGUUAGAAAGGUUGAAGAGAGUUAAGAUGCAAACCUUGAAGUGUCAAUUCGAGCUACUACAUAUGAAUGAGAAAGAAGGUAUAGUAGAAUAUCUAAAUUGUGUGUUGGGCCUAUCAAAUCAGAUGAUGGCUUGUGGUGAAAACUUGAAGUAUCAAGAUCUUGUAGAAAAGGUUUUAAGAACCUUGAGCUCAAGAUUUGAUUAUGUGGUUGCUGCUAUAAAAGAAUCUAAGGAUUUUACAGAAAUGAAAUUGGAUGAGCUUCAAUGCUCUCUUGAAGCACAUGAGCAACAAAUCAAAGAGAGGGAAACAUAUAGGUCAUAUGAACAAGCCUUACUUACUAAGAGUGGGAGAAGAUACAAAAAUGGCUCAGGCAGUAGUAAAGGGAAGGUCAAAUCGAAAAGCCACAAAUUGAAAGGAACAAGAGAGGAUGGCAUUGAUGAUUCAAGUGCUGAUGAAACCAAUCAUGAUGAGAGUGGGUCACAAUUAAGGCAAAUGGGUUUUCUUCAUAGUGGUAAGAGUGAUAAGGCUACCAACACUGAAUGGUACUUGGAUACAGGGUGCUCAAACCACAUGAUUGGGAAGAAGGACUGA